UAGUUUGGUCUGCCAAGCAAAACGUCGCCGUCGCACUAAUCAAUAGCCAAUAGGCAAUAUCCUCUCGCCUUUGUCCUUAAAACGCAGACGACAGUGCGUGCUGCGUACUAAGGAAGCGAAGAAGCAAUCAAGUUUACAAUGGAGCCUAAAACCAAGUACGAUCGCCAGCUCAGGAUCUGGGGUGAGCAAGGGCAAGCAGCUCUGGAGAAAGCGAGCAUAUGUUUACUAAAUUGUGGGCCAACUGGUUCUGAGACACUGAAGAAUCUUGUUCUUGGUGGUGUUGGAAGCAUUACUAUUGUCGAUGGAUCUAAGGUUGAAUUGGGUGACCUUGGAAACAAUUUUAUGGUGGAUGAGUCAAGUCUUGGUCAGUCAAAGGCCAAGUGUGUUUGUUCAUUCCUCCAGGAGCUAAAUGAUGCUGUUAAAGCUAAGUUUAUUGAAGAGUAUCCUCAGGCUUUGAUAGACACCAACACAUCUUUCUUUUCUCAAUUUACCGUGGUUGUAGCCACUCAGCUGGUGGAAGAGUCUAUGGUGAAGCUUGAUAGAAUAUGUAGACAGGCAAAUGUGAUGUUGAUUUUUGCUCGCUCCUAUGGCCUAACAGGUUUAGUUCGGAUCAGUGUGAAGGAACACACUGUGAUUGAGUCAAAGCCUGAUCAUUUUCUAGAUGACCUUCGGUUGAAUAACCCAUGGCCUGAGUUGAGAGGGUUUGCAGAAGCUAUUGACCUAAAUGUGCAAGACCCUGUUGCUCAUAAACACAUACCAUAUGUUGUCAUCCUCGUGAAGAUGGCAGAUGAGUGGAUAAAAAGCCAUGGAGGUGCUCUUCCAUCAACCAGGGAAGAGAAAAGGGAGUUCAAGGAACUUCUCAAAGCCAGGAUGAUUGCAAUGGAUGAAGAUAACUAUAAAGAAGCUAUUGAUGCCUCCUUUAAAGUGUUUGCUCUGCGAGGAAUUAGUUCAGAUUUGCAGCGGAUAAUUAAUGAUAGCUGUGCUGAAGUUGAUUCUAGUUCUUCUAACUUUUGGGUGAUGGUAGCAGCUUUGAAGGAGUUCAUUGCAAAUGAAGGUGGUGGGGAGGUACCUCUUGAGGGGUCGAUUCCAGAUAUGACAUCUUCAACUGAGCAUUAUGUAAACUUGCAGAAGAUCUAUCAGGCUAAGUCUGAGGCUGAUUUUCAUGUCAUUGAACAACGAGCUAGGGAUAUUCUAAAGAAAAUUGGCAGAGAUCCACAUAGUAUUCCAAAGGCAACGAUAAAAAGUUUCUGUAAAAAUGCAAGAAAACUCAAAGUUUGCAGGUAUCACCUCAUUGAGGAUGAGUAUAAUAAUCCUUCCCUUGCUGAGCUGCAGAAGUAUUUAACUGAUGAAGAUUACAGUAUUGCUGUGGGAUUCUAUAUUCUUCUAAGAGCUGUUGACUGCUGUGCUGCAAAUUUCAACAGUUUUCCUGGGCAGUUUGACGGUGGAAUGGAUGAGGAUAUAUCUCGGUUAAAAAGUACAGCUGUUAGCCUACUUAACGAUUUGGGUUGCAAUGGCUUAACAUUGACGGAGGACCUUAUAAACGAAAUGUGCCGAUUUGGUGCUGCAGAGCUCCAUGCAGUUGCUGCCUUCAUUGGAGGAAUUGCAUCACAAGAGGUGAUCAAGCUUAUAACAAAACAGUUUGUUCCCAUGUCUGGCACUUACAUAUUCAAUGGCAUUGAUCACAAGUCUCAGUUGUUGACUCUGUAUUAAAUCCUCAAGUUGGCCAUUGAUUAAAGUAAAGGGUAUGUUUCCUCUCAUCUGGUUCGACUACUUUGUGCCAUGUCUAUUUCAAGUGAAGACAUGUUUAACUUCUGGAUUUGUCGUGAGAUGGGCUGUGGUCAAUCAUUUGCAGGUAUUUAUAAAAGAAUUUUGGUAUUGAGGCAUGGUUUGUAGAGACUUAAUGACACUACAGUUCAUGUAACUUGAUUCAAAUCUAGUAGGGGAGAGAAACAAAGAAAUUAGGAUAACCGACGAGUACUUGGAUCUCAACAGUUAAUUUAUUAAACAAAGUUAUAGCAUUGUUAAUGUUGGCUUUGUUUGUUCUUUUCCCCAUACGUCUGUUAUUUUUCAAUUUAUUUUCAAUUGGAUUGUGUUUCAUGGUAGUGAUUUUUUGGUACAAAAGAAGCUUCAAUAUAAAAAUAAACUAUA